CGUUCGCCAGUGUCCGGCCGCGGGCCGGCCUUCGUGACUGGCCGCGGGCCCCGGCCGCGCGUGGGGGGCGCGGACAGCAGCCGCGGGCUGCCUUUGUCGGCCCGCGAGCUCGCCCGGAGCGAGCUGCCGCCCGCGGGCCGCCGCGGAGCCUUCUCGCCGCUCCCGCCGGCGAGCAAGAUGAUGUGCGAGGUGAUGCCCACUAUCAGUGAAGCAGAAGGCCCCCCAGGAGGAAGCAGCAGCCAUGGGUCUGGCUCUCCUUCACAGCCAGAUGCAGAUUCCCAUUUUGAACAGCUUAUGGUCUCCAUGCUAGAAGAAAGGGACCGUCUUCUUGACACACUGAGAGAGACCCAGGAAACAUUGGCAUUGACCCAGGGGAAAUUACACGAGGUUGGUCAUGAAAGAGACUCCUUGCAGAGACAGCUCAAUACUGCACUUCCACAGGAGUUUGCAGCACUCACGAAAGAACUCAACGUAUGCAGGGAACAGCUGCUUGAGAGGGAAGAAGAAAUUGCUGAGCUGAAAGCAGAAAGGAACAACACGAGGCUGCUUCUGGAACAUCUGGAGUGCCUUGUUUCCAGGCAUGAACGCUCCCUCAGGAUGACUGUGGUGAAGCGGCAAGCGCAGUCUCCUGCAGGUGUGUCCAGUGAGGUGGAGGUGCUUAAAGCUCUGAAGUCCUUAUUUGAACACCACAAGGCCCUGGAUGAAAAGGUACGAGAGCGAUUGCGAGUAGCACUGGAAAGGUGCAGUUUGUUAGAAGAAGAACUAGGUGCCACACACAAGGAGCUAAUGAUUCUUAAAGAACAGAAUAAUCAGAAAAAAACACUAACAGAUGGAGUGCUUGACAUAAACCAUGAGCAAGAAAAUACACCAAGCACCAACGGAAAAAGAUCUUCUGAUGGCUCUCUAAGCCAUGAGGAGGACCUUGCUAAGGUGAUUGAGCUCCAAGAAGUCAUAGACAAGCAGUCAAAAGAGCAGAGCCAGAUGAAGGAGCGCCUAGCUGCACUGUCCAGCCACGUGUCGGAACUGGAAGAGGAUCUUGACACAGCUAGAAAGGAUCUCAUCAAGUCUGAAGAAAUGAACACAAAGUUGCAACGAGAUGUUCGUGAAGCAAUGGCCCAGAAGGAAGACAUGGAGGAGAGAAUCACUACUCUUGAAAAACGCUACCUCGCUGCACAGCGUGAAGCCACAUCUGUGCAUGACCUCAAUGAUAAACUUGAAAAUGAAAUUGCAAAUAAAGAUUCUAUACAUCGACAGACAGAGGAUAAAAACCGCCAGUUACAGGAGCGCCUGGAGCUAGCUGAGCAGAAGCUGCAGCAGACCUUAAGGAAGGCCGAAACAUUGCCAGAAGUGGAAGCAGAGCUGGCCCAGAGAGUGGCAGCGCUGUCCAAGUCUGACCCUUUGCCUUCUGGGAGCUCUGCUGUUAAGGAAGCUAAACUGUUCGAACUUACUUCCAAGCUUAGGAAGGCUGAAGAGAGACAUGGCAACAUUGAAGAGAGGCUACGGCAGAUGGAGGCGCAGCUGGAGGAGAAGAACCAAGAACUGCAGCGGGCAAGGCAAAGAGAAAAGAUGAAUGAAGAACAUAAUAAACGUUUAUCAGACACUGUUGACAAGUUGCUUUCAGAGUCCAAUGAGAGGCUUCAGCUCCAUCUGAAGGAGAGAAUGGCUGCUCUGGAAGAUAAGAAUUCUCUACUACGAGAAGUUGAAAAUGCAAAAAAACAAUUAGAAGAAACACAACAUGAUAAGGAGCAGCUUGUCCUGAAUAUUGAAGCUCUAAGGGCGGAGCUGGACCAGAUGAGGCUGAGAGGGGCUUCACUCCACCUCGGCCGCCCCCACUUGGGCAGUGUCCCAGAUUUCAGGCUUCCCAUGGCAGAUGGGCACACAGAUGCCUACAGCACCAGUGCAGUGUUGCGGCGCCCCCAGAAAGGCCGGCUGGCAGCGCUGCAGGACGAGCCUUCCAAGGUACAGACUCUCAAUGAACAGGAUUGGGAACGCGCCCAGCAAGCCAGUGUUUUGGCAAAUGUGGCACAGGCGUUUGAGAGCGAUGUUGAUGUGUCUGAUGGUGAAGAUGACAGGGACACUCUGCUUGGUUCAGUUGAUCUUUUGUCACCCAGCGGGCAGGCUGAUGCCCAGACAUUGGCCAUUAUGCUUCAGGAGCAGCUGGAUGCCAUCAACAAAGAGAUCAGGCUGAUACAAGAAGAAAAGGAAAAUACUGAGCAGCGAGCAGAGGAGAUUGAGAGCAGAGUUGGCAGUGGAAGUUUAGACAAUCUUGGUCGUUUUAGAUCAAUGAGCUCUAUCCCCCCCUAUCCUGCUUCCUCGCUUGCUGGCUCCUCUCCUCCAGGCAGUGGUCGCUCCACCCCAAGAAGGGUCCCCCACAGCCCAGCCCGAGAAGUGGACAGGCUGGGCGUCAUGACUCUACCUAGCGACUUAAGGAAGCAUCGUAGAAAGUUGCCUGCUUCUAGAGAAGAAGUGCGAGAUGACAAGACAACAAUAAAAUGUGAAACUUCCCCUCCCUCCUCUCCAAGGUCCCUUCGGUUAGACAGGCUACACAAAGGGGCAUUGCAUACAGUCAGCCACGAGGACAUCAGGGACAUGAGAAACUCGACAGGCUCCCAAGAUGGCCCUGUGAGCAAUCCCAGCAGUAGUAACAGCAGCCAGGACUCGCUCCACAAAGCCCCAAAGAAGAAGGGCAUCAAGUCUUCCAUUGGCCGUUUGUUUGGCAAAAAGGAAAAAGGUCGGCCUGGACAGACUGGCAAAGAAUCCCCAGGACAAGCUGGUGUUUCAGAGAUAGAAAACUCAUCUCAAGAUACCUUGGGACUUAGCAAAUUGGGAGGACAGGCUGAAAAAAACCGUAAACUUCAAAAAAAACAUGAGCUGCUGGAGGAAGCCCGGAGGCAAGGCUUACCAUUUGCGCAGUGGGACGGGCCAACGGUGGUUGUAUGGCUGGAGCUCUGGGUUGGGAUGCCCGCCUGGUAUGUGGCUGCCUGCAGAGCAAAUGUGAAAAGUGGGGCCAUCAUGUCAGCCCUGUCAGACACAGAGAUCCAACGAGAGAUUGGCAUCAGCAACCCACUGCACAGACUGAAGCUGCGGCUGGCCAUCCAGGAGAUCAUGUCUCUGACCAGCCCGUCUGCCCCGCCCACAUCGAGAACGACCACAGGAAAUGUGUGGUUAACACAUGAAGAGAUGGAAACGCUCGCAGCCACACCGCAAACGACACUUGCAUAUGGAGACAUGAACCAUGAGUGGAUUGGCAAUGAGUGGCUGCCCAGCCUGGGCCUCCCUCAGUACCGUAGCUACUUCAUGGAAUGCCUUGUGGAUGCCCGGAUGCUGGACCACCUGACCAAGAAAGACCUGCGGGGACAGCUGAAAAUGGUCGACAGUUUUCACAGAAACAGCUUCCAGUGUGGAAUUAUGUGCUUGCGAAGGUUAAAUUAUGAUCGAAAAGAACUGGAAAGAAAAAGAGAAGAAAGUCAGAAUGAAAUAAAAGAUGUGCUUGUUUGGAGCAAUGAUCGAGUGAUUCGCUGGAUCUUAUCUAUUGGCCUUAAAGAAUAUGCAAACAAUCUCAUAGAGAGUGGUGUUCACGGUGCACUUCUGGCCUUAGAUGAAACCUUCGAUUUCAACACACUGGCACUGUUGUUACAGAUUCCAACACAGAAUACACAGGCCCGAGCUGUCUUGGAAAGAGAGUUUAACAACCUUUUGGUCAUGGGGACUGACAGAAGGUUUGAUGAAGACGAUGACAAAAGCUUUAGGAGAGCACCUUCAUGGAGAAAGAAGUUUAGACCAAAGGACAUUCGAGGGCUGGCAGCUGGGUCAGCAGAGACACUCCCUGCAAAUUUCCGAGUCACUUCUUCCAUGUCUUCCCCCUCUAUGCAGCCAAAGAAGAUGCAGAUGGACGGCAGUGUAUCAGGAACACAGAGGUUGGAUUCUGCUACAGUCAGGACUUACUCCUGCUAAAGCCUCCUGUUGUUUACCCACACUACUUCUACAGAUGAUUAUGCAGCAUUUUGAAUCCAACAGAGACUACAUUUUUGAACUCAAUGGAAUCUAAUCUGUUAAUACUUGUUAUAUGGACCUUAAGAUAUUUUAUUACAGAGUUUUUAAUUAGUGAAAAAUUCAUGAAUACCAUAGAGAAAAUAUUUUAGAAUUUAAUGUUUCUUAUAUUUAUGUAAGCUUAUGACUUUUCAUUUAUAUAGUUACUUACUUUUUCAUGUAUAUCCAGGCUAUAAAUAUCUUCUUGAAUCAAUUCAUGUUCUUAUACCUAAUUUUAGUCUUUUGAAUGAAUGUACUGUAAUGCUUGUAUGUAUAAAUCCUAUGAACAAAAUAUAGGGCUUUUGUAAAUUAUGCACUUAUUGUAAUUAUCACUGUUUAAUUUUUAAUGAUAAGCCAUGACAGAGAAAAGGAUUUUACUACAUUUAUAAAAUCAUCAUGACACAAGCAAUGUGCAUUAUCCUUCACCUAGCUCUACAUCAGUCAUUUUAAAAUAAGCAGACUUAAUUCCGAGCAAUUGUCAUGUUUUAAGGUUGACUGACCUUAACUGUACUUUUUCUAGCAAGAAAUCAGCAUCUAUAAAAUUGAGACUGAACAGUUACACCAGAACACUAUUAAACUCCCUUAGCACUGUUCCCCUUUCCUCAUCCUUUCCCCGGACUUGGGAAACUUGUCUUCAGAGACUUGACCAGAAGCCAUGAGCUGGGAGCCGCUCUCAGCAGGGCUGGAGAAGCCAGGGGGCCAGCCCCCGCUUGGCACCUUCUCUCCGCCUCUCCUGUGAGCAGAGAAGGUAGAAGGUGCCCUCCAGCUGUUCUUCGAGGACCAAUCACUGAGCACUGUGCUCACAUCUCACAGACUUUGCUGCCUGAGCAGAUGCAAGCAGAAAACCCUGAAAAUAGUUGUGCAACUCUAAUAAAGGCCUUAUUUUUCAUAUGUAAGUCAUUUUUUCUACAUUUGUUUGUAAACAUGCUUAAAGAAUGAAUCUAGUCAUUUUUAGCUUUUGAUGCUAUAGCCAUUUUGGAUUGUACAAGUAGCAAGGGUAACUUACUUUUUAAAUGGCAUGUUUAAAAGCCAGCAAGGAAGGAGUCAGGUCAUGGUGCGUUAUUUAUUAUGCAACUGAUACAUAGGUAGAAGCAGCAUGUCUUUUUACAUUUGGUUUCUGCUUUCAAUUCCCUUGUACAAUUCAUUGUUACAGUUCUGUUUUUCUAUUAAUCUUUUGUGAACUUCCUGAUUAUGUAACAAAGUGUACAGUCUACUUUUGAACUAUUUUUAUCACAGUAUUAUUUAUUGCUUUCUUUCAAUAAAGUACUGAAGCAUUU